CUGCCGCGCGUCUCAGCGGCAACUUGUUCAAUGGAAACUUUAAAAAACACAGGAAAUAUGUGCCACUUUGCACAAAUGCUUUAGAGUAAAUGGUGCUGCCGAACUCUCCCGAUGUCUGACAGGGGGGAGGAAAGCGACGGCGGCGGGAGAGCACAUCUGUCGGAGUCUCCCUCGCCGCCUCUCUCUGUCAGUCUUCCCCGAGGAUCUCCUUCCACUUCGCGGCCCUUGGACUUCUUCUCCUCAGCCUCUCCACUGCUUGGGGAAUCGGACCCGCCUUUUCUCACCUCCUCAGAGUGUCUGAACCCGUCUCCAGGGACCCGGGAACUCGGGGGCUCCCCACAUUUCACCCCGCCAAAGUUCCGCCAGCGUGCCGUGGACUCCGGGUGUACCUCUCGCUCGCGGCCGGAUGUUGGGAUAGAUGUCGGACAUGAACAGCACGAUGACCCGCUUCCCAUAUGGAGGGGACGCGGCGCGGAGAGCACUGAGCGCCUUCAGCACCGUGGACAGAGGCUGUACAGGGCUCCGGAGCUCUCGGAGUACGGGAACCACUUCUCUGCUGAGCACAUAGAGACCGAGUUCAGCUCAGACAGCCGGCAAUCAGUGGAAGCCAUGCAUCGCCGGCACACCACACUUAGGGAAAAGGGGCGUCGCCAGGCUGUGCGGGGUCCUGCCUACAUGUUUAAUGAGCGUGGCUCUGCUCUCACUGCAGAAGAGGAACGUUUUCUGGAUGCUGCAGAGUAUGGCAACAUUCCUGUGGUGCGCAAAAUGCUAGAAGAGUCCAAAACACUGAACUUUAACUCUGUGGACUAUAUGGGCCAGAAUGCUCUACAACUGGCAGUGGGCAAUGAACACCUGGAAGUGACGGAGCUGCUGCUGAAAAAAGAUGGCCUGGCUCGGAUUGGGGACGGUCUGCUUUUGGCCAUCUCCAAAGGUUAUGUCAGAAUAGUCGAGGCCAUUCUCGGUCAUCCUGCUUUUGGUGGAGGUCUCCGUCUGGCUUUGAGCCCUCUGGAGCAAGAGAUGAGAGAUGAUGACUUUUAUGCAUACGACGAGGAUGGAACGCGUUUUUCCCAUGACAUCACACCCAUCAUUCUGGCAGCUCAUUGCCAGGAGUAUGAGAUUGUUCACAUCCUUUUGACGAAGGGGGCCCGCAUAGAAAGGCCUCAUGACUACUUUUGUAAAUGCUCAGAAUGUGUGGAGAAGCAGAAGAAGGACUCCUUCAGUCACUCACGCUCAAGGAUGAAUGCGUACAAGGGCCUGGCCAGUGCAGCCUACCUGUCGCUCAGCAGUGAGGACCCUGUGCUCACAGCCCUUGAGCUCAGCAACGAACUCGCAAGGCUCGCCAACAUUGAAACAGAGUUUAAGAAUGACUACCGUAAGUUGUCCAUGCAGUGCAAAGACUUUGUGGUGGGUGUGCUGGACCUUUGUCGAGACACAGAAGAAGUUGAGGCCAUUUUGAAUGGAGAUGUGGACCAAUGCCCACCAAGUCCCUACAACCGGCCCUGCCUCAGUCGCGUCAAGCUGGCCAUCAAAUACGAAGUCAAAAAGUUUGUUGCACAUCCCAACUGCCAGCAGCAGCUGCUGACUAUUUGGUAUGAGAACCUGCCAGGCCUGAGGCAGCAGUCCAUCGGCGUGAAGUGCUGGACAGUCCUGGGGGUAACCGUAGGUCUCCCCUUCCUGGCUAUUGCCUACUGGAUAAUGCCAUGUAGCAAGCUUGGUCAGAUUCUUCGCAGUCCCUUCAUGAAGUUCGUGGCUCAUGCCGUCUCCUUCACCCUCUUCCUCGGCCUGCUGGUCGUCAAUGCUUCAGACCGUUUUGAGGGUGUGAAGAACCUGCCCAACGAGACCAUCACAGACCAUCCCCGACAGGUUUUCAGGGUCAAAACCACACAGUUCUCGUGGACAGAAAUGUUGAUCAUGAAGUGGGUGUUGGGUAUGAUUUGGUCAGAAUGUAAGGAGAUUUGGAGCGAUGGGCCCAGGGAGUACAUCAUGCACCUUUGGAAUGUUCUGGACUUUGGCAUGUUGUCCAUCUUUGUGGCGUCCUUCACUGCACGUCUCAUGGCGUUCCUGAAGGCAUCAAAAGCCCAGCAGUAUGUAGACAUGCAUGUGCCAGAUGAAGACCUCAGCAAUGCCUCACUGCCUGACGAAGUGGCUUACUUCACCUACGCCAGGAUCAAGUGGCGCCCCUCUGACCCUCAGAUCAUCUCAGAGGGUUUGUACGCCAUUGCCGUGGUGCUGAGCUUCUCACGCAUCGCUUACAUCUUGCCAGCCAACGAGAGCUUCGGCCCGCUGCAGAUCUCUUUGGGACGGACAGUCAAAGACAUCUUCAAGUUCAUGGUCAUCUUCAUCAUGGUGUUUGUGGCCUUCAUGAUUGGGAUGUUCAACCUCUACUCAUACUACCUUGGGGCCAAAUACAAUCCAGCUUUCACCACGGUGGAGGAGAGCUUCAAGACUCUGUUCUGGUCUAUCUUUGGGCUGUCUGAGGUGAUCUCUGUGGUGCUGAAAUACGACCAUAAGUUCAUAGAGAACAUCGGCUACGUGCUUUACGGAGUCUAUAACGUCACCAUGGUGGUGGUACUCCUCAACAUGCUCAUUGCCAUGAUCAACAGCUCGUACCAGGAGAUAGAGGAGGAUGCAGACGUGGAGUGGAAGUUUGCCCGCGCCAAGCUGUGGCUGUCCUACUUUGACGAGGGUCGGACCCUGCCUGCCCCGUUUAAUUUGGUUCCCAGCCCCAAAUCCUUCUACUACCUGGUCCUUCGCAUCAAGUCGUGCCUGAUACGCCUCUGCAAGGCCAAUGGCCGCCGCCGCAACAAUGAGGUGGAGAUGGGCAUGCUCCACACACAGGCCAAGGAUGAACGGUUUAGGUCUCACACACGAUCAGGAGAGGAGUUCAUCCAGAGAAAAGCUCGAAAACACCCGACCAGAUAUCAGAAGAUCAUGAAGCGGCUCAUUAAACGUUAUGUGCUGAAAGCUCAAGUGGACAAAGAAAGUGAUGAAGUGAAUGAGGGCGAGCUGAAGGAGAUCAAGCAAGACAUUUCCAGCCUCCGCUAUGAGCUGCUGGAGGAGAAGUCCCAGGCCGCUGGGGAGCUGGCUCUGCUCAUCCAGCAACUCGGCGACAAGUUUGGCAAAAACACCAUGAGACACUGACAGGCCUUGCACGACGGGGAGGGAGGAAGGAGGAGAAGAUUGGCGUAGAAAGCAGAUUCGGGCCAGGUAGUUCAUGACCUCAGUGGGAAGACGAGAGACAAUGGAGAGGCAGGAUGUUUAUGUGAAUGGACAGGAUGAACGAAGAAUAGUUAGCAGCUUAAAAUAUUGAAACUGUGCCGAGUUAAAAUGAGCUAGCUUUAGAUAAAAACCCAAGUGCUUUGGACGCAAAAUGACCAAUUAGAGAAGAAAAGUAGAAGACUUUUGUAACUGCAACUGACUGUGAGGUUAGGAAAAUAAACUCACUUGGAAGGACUUUGUGUUGACAGCUCAAUUCUAAUUAGAGGGAAAGAUAGAGACGAGUAAGAAGGAGAAGACAAGUGUGAGGAGAUAUGAAGAGACACCAUGGGGAUCAACAGCGAUGCAGUGCAGCAAUGAGGGCCCCACAACCACUGCCAGAAGAUAUCAGUGUAUCAGCUUAUCACCAAUUUAGAGGAGAGAGGGGAAACCCAGCGAAGGGAAGACACUGGAACAGCAAGAGAAUGAGGAGAAACUGCUAGUGCUACUCACAGCAGAGAUGCCUGCUACGUACCAUAUUCGUAAUUUGUCAGAUGAAGUGCUGAUGCUGGUUGAGAUGAUGCACACACCUUUAUACACAAGGCUGUCUAAUUAAUGCAGUUCUAAUUCUCAAUGCACAACCUAUGAUACAAGUCGAAGCAGGAACAUGUAUUCAUUGCACUGAUGUUCAACUCUUUCACAGAAAUGGUUUGAAGAGUAAGAUGAUGUUUUUGUGUCUCUUAGAAAUGAACACAACCAGUUAAUUAAUUGAUAAAUGCACUAAGUCAGCAUGAAAAGAUACUAUGGUUAUUUCAUCUCAGCUGCAGACAUUUUGCAAAUAUACACAAAGACAAAAAAGAAAAUGUGUAUCCCUUAAAACAGCCUGGAAAAUAGGAAUUGAACAACAUCAACAUUUUUCAGAGUAGAUGUUUUUCUACUAUUGGCCUGAAGUUCACCUUGUAAAUAGCAACCAAAGUAACCCCCACAUUAAAAUGAAAACAAACUGUCUUUAAAACUAAAAGGUUCUUUCAUUUUCUUCCAUGCAUUCUGAUCUUCAAUUGCCCACGUAGAUUAUCGUAUAAACUGUUGGUCAGUUUGUUGAUUCCUGCAGCUUUGUGGGGUUUUUUUUUUCUCUGAAACCAACUAAGAAUUUCUUUAACUCUUUUUGUGUGUUUGGGAUUGUCUUGCUAAAAAAGAAAAUCCACCGGUGUUUGAUAUUCAGAUUCUUAUCCAAAGUGAUUUUGGUCUCUUACAGCCACACUAUAUUCUUUCACUAUUUCUUUGAGUUGGCCAAAUGUUCUCCCGCAAACUUUAAAUGUCACCAUGCUGUUCCUUCAGCAGUGAAUGUGCACAGCGACCACGCAGCGCAACUCUGAGUGGUCCUUGGCUCUUAAUUUUUCUUUUCACUCACCUGCCAAACAUUUUUAAAAGAGCCACCAGUUGUGGAUGAUUUGUGGUGAAAUUAUUCUCUCCCUGUUUUUGAUUAUUCAAAAGUUUGACAAUACAUCUAUAACCGGUUACAUAAGCAUGUUCGGCAACACCAAAGUUGGAGAGAUCUUUGCUUCAUGUGAUACUUUGAUGAUAGGACAUCUCUUCAGAGCUUUAGAAUACCUAAUAUCAAUUAGCACUGACAGGAGAUAUGGUUACUUUCUAAACACAAACACUUUCUUUGCUUGUUGAUUCAGUUUUGUUUCCUUUCUAAAUUGCUUUGAUUUCAAACUAUGUAGAGUUUGCUUGGGUUGUUACCAACAUCUGAUAUUAAUUUAAUGUAAGUAAACCACUUGAAAAUAUAGUUACUGAGAAAAAUGUUAACGUGUUCAAUACUUACUUUUCUCUGCUACGUUUCCUGAAAUUUUCAUGACCCAUUUUCAGGACAUUUUCCAAAAUGUCAAAACACGUUGACAGAGUUGUGUUUGCAGCUGUAAAAUCCAGGAGUCGAUUUUUUAAGGCGAAGCAGUGCAUUUGGGAGAUGAGAGAACCUUGCAAUGUGGGAAUUUAUUUCCACAUGCAUUGAUUUGGCUAUAAAGGUGAGAUUCUUUUACAGAAGCUGCAUGGAGUCAUUUUCUGGUCUAUUUUUUCCUGUCCCCCGAGACUCUGCUGCACAGCGUUGAGACAUGAGCAGUAACAGUCUGUAGGCAACAACUGAAUUUUAGCUUUUUUGAUUCCUAGUUGUUUAGUUUUGCAGAGUAAUAACUUAGACUUUACCAUAAUAAAUAUUGGCAUGUGGUGCCUAAGCAGCUUGAAGAAAUGAUCAUAUUUUCUGAUUUAUGGUCUGUUCACAAUAAAAAAAAAAGUAAUUGACUAUAUUAUACUAAUUGCUAACAGUAUACAUUUUUGUGUUGAUAAACCUUUGUGUAGAGACAACAAUUUGACUAGCAGCAACUAAGAUGUGCGCUGUUAUAGCACGAGGCAAAGAAAAACAAUAUUUGUCAUAUUUGUGCUCAGAUUGGCAUUAAAUAAAAAACCCUAACAGACUUGCACCACUUUUCCAAUAAUCUGAGGGUGACUGAACACGGGAACGUCAUGUCUGAAUGAGCACCCUGCUGCUUUGGGUAAAUCAAAAUGAGACAUUAAUCUCUGUGGGUCAGAUGUAAUAAUAUUUAUCUAACACUUUCACCAUGGCACAAGUUUCAACCUUUUUCCAAUAAUACUUCUUUACCCUUCUUGCAGCAUUUCCUACAGUUUAUGACAAUGGAAAACAUCUUUCUUGAUUUCACAUACUUUUAUUAAAUUGUUCAUGAGAAGCAAAUCAGACAUAUUUUCAAUAGACUGAGCAAAUAAAAGUAGAUAAUCUCAGCUGCUUACAUCUACAUGAGUGCACAUCCUAAUAAUUGUGCAAUUGUUAUUUUUUUAUGGCCACAUAUUUAUGUUUAAUCAUGUAAGAAAGUAACUUAGAUUAUUCCUGAUGAACAUCUAAUAUUACCCUUUGCAAUUACCUGAGUACAAUUACCUGUUUUACUCAUGAAAUAAAAUAUCAAGAAUACGUUUUCUAGCUUAGGAAAAUGUUUAUACUAACUUUAGUUUAGCUGACAUGUUUUCUUAGAGAGCAAAACUUUCUUCCUCGCACAUAUCCCACCGAAGUUGAGUUUCUUUCUGAUUUUAGAGGCAUACAAUUUCAUAUAAACAGCAGCAAAGUCUUGCUGCAGGUCCCAUGCUGACAUUUUAGGGUUUUUGAAGAUUUACCAUCUGCUUUCAGGAUGAACUUGCUUAGAUAACCAGACCAUAGUAUGUUGGAAAUUACUUUGAAUCUCCUUCACUUAUACCCUUUGCUCUUCAACAGUCAGGAGAAGGCAAAAAAAUUGGUUCAAAAUGGCCGGAAAUUAAAAUGUUUUAAACAUUUCCACGUGAUUUGUUACAGUGUCUCACUAUAUUAAAUAUCUGUUUGUCCAAAUAUGUUUGGAAAACACACAGUCUGUUAGGUAUCCUGUUUUUUUAAAUAACUUUAUCUAAAAAAUGAAGACAUUGCGACAUUUACUAUAAACUGAGUCACUUCUGCAAAGUGAAGAAGCCAUUAUUGGUUCCUGUGUCAGCUGCUUAAAGAAUCUGACUGCAUUAUGGAAAGAAUCUCUACAGAAAUAAACUUUUUCUGUUUAUGUUUCACUCCUCAGUCCAGUCUCAGUCGUCUCCUCUCUUUCAGUGCCUGCGUUAUUUGUGCCGUGACGCAGGUUGUGUGCUGUUUACACAAAAACAGAAGUCUCCCUGAUUUUCAUCUUCAUCUUCUGCCUGAUUUGCAUUUUCAGCAGCUCCAAAAUCCAACAAAAGUAGUCUAACAGAGCAGUGCAAACUGAGGUUGAGCACCUUCUUGAUAUAAUUUUGAACCUGGGCACCAUUAUUCCAAUCUUGUCAGUGCAGCUCAGUCAGUCGCAGCUCACUUUUUUUGUGCACUCUGCUGCAACUCUUUAAAAGUUCGAAUGAAACGCUUCCCAUGCUGUUUCAUGCCAUUUUAGUAACAACUUGAGCAGUGAAGAGUCUUAAGUUCUAACAACAAUGAGUUAUUUUUAAUUGGGAAAAUUUAAAUGUUUUCCAUCCUGAUUAACACUGACUGUGUAUGAACGAGUUCCAGGGGCUUUUCUUCCUCCUCUACAGAGUUUAAACCUUUAAUCCCAUGAGCAGAACCAGACUCAGAAGACCCGGGGUUACGUUUGCCAGUAUCUGAGUUUUUGGGGGUUAUUUUUAUCUGAUCUAUCUGAUAGUUAUUGCAUCAUUUUAUUUUCAACCUGUAGUAAAUUAAUUUGUUUCACAUACACAAAUGCCCUUUAUUUUAGACAAGAAGAUAAAACUCAAAAGUCUCUUCAUGUAGUAAUGUCAUGUGUGAGAGCUGCUGAUUGCUCUUAUUGUUUGUCUGUUUUUUUUGUUUUUUUUUCUGAAUUUAUGAAAUCAGACAAACUAUAAGAUUUGGCCAAGAGAAAGUUUAAUCGUUCCUAUACAAAUAAAGUAUCUGAAAUACUGUAUUUUUGACUUGUAUGCGAGACACACUGACCAAAAUCUUGUACUGUAUAUUGUCAUAUUUUUGAUCCUUGAAAUAAAUAUGAUCUAAACUG